AUGGUAUUCUUAGUCCAUGUGAGCCAUUAUGUGCCUCUUUUCCUCACCCAAGUGGAACAGAUAGAUGCUAUUGUUCACAUCUCAAACAAUGACUCAGCAGAGACUGCUGUCAUUAUCACCCACACCAAGGUGCUGAAUAGCAUGCUCAAAGAUAUCUGUGCUGCUCUGCUAGAGGCUGAUGUGAACAUCCGACUGGUGAAACAGCUCAGAGAGAAUGUCAGAUCUGUUAUUGAUUUUGAUGAGAUGGCCGGAGGUCUCAACAAGCGUCGCAUGAUCCAGUCAGCUGUGUUCAAAGAGCUUGUGAAGUUGAUCGAUCCUGGUGUGAAGGCCUGGCAACCCAGUAAAGGCAGGAACAACGUCAUUAUGUUUGUUGGUCUGCAGGGAUCUGGAAAGACCACAACUUGCACAAAGCUGGCCUACUACUAUCAGCGAAAAGGCUGGAAGACUUGCCUGAUCUGUGCUGAUACUUUCCGUGCUGGAGCUUUCGACCAGCUGAAACAGAACGCUACCAAAGCCAGAAUUCCGUUCUACGGAAGCUACACAGAGAUUGAUCCUGUGGUGAUAGCCCAGGAGGGUGUGGACAAGUUCAAAGAUGAAAACUUUGAGAUCAUCAUCGUGGACACCAGUGGUCGACACAAGCAGCAGGAUUCUCUGUUUGAAGAAAUGUUGCAAGUGGAGCAGGCUGUCCGGCCAGACAAUAUCAUUUUUGUGAUGGACGCUACCAUUGGUCAGGCUUGUGAAGUCCAGGCAAAAGCUUUCAAGGACAAAGUAGAUGUGGCCUCUGUGAUCAUCACAAAGUUGGACGGUCAUGCUAAAGGUGGUGGAGCUCUCAGCGCGUAA